AUGAUUGUUCAGCAUGGAAGAGGACGUAAAACUUGUGAAUCAUUUUGUGAUCCCAAUGAAGACAAUGAUUAUGAUAAUGGAGGCUUUGAUUUUGGUCCAUCUGAUUUUGACAUGCCAGAGAAUGCAUACGAGUAUGAAGAAGUACCUCUGCAGCCUGAAAAGCAUGAUGAUGGUGGUGUUUGUUUUGAAACCAAUGAACAUGAAGAUCCAAGUUCUCAAGCCAGCCUAGAAGAUCUUUGUCGAUCUCACCUAGAUGCUCUCCUUGCUAGCAUUGCUGAAACUGAGAAACAGACUGAGUUGGCUACUCGUGUCUCAACAUGGAAACAAAGAAUUGAAAAUAACUUGGAGGACCAAGCAAGUGCCAUCAUUUUUACUCUUUUUUUUUCCCCUCACACAUCCAAAACUCAACUAUUUUGA